UUAAGCCCUUAUUAAACCACGGAGAUUUUGAUUAAUUAAACAGUCGCUUGUUAUGUUUUGAUUGGUCAAAUUCCAAUCUCCAAAUCGCACUUUCUUCAAAUCUACAAACCACAGUCUGUUACGAUCUUAAAUGUACAUGUAUAAUGGAGAAAGCCUGUGAAAGUAACAUUCCGGGCUCGCAAAUACGAUUUGAACAAUUAUCGGAGAUUGUUUGGACUCUUUAUUUUUAUUGUAACCCAUUUGCGUAUCCAACGAUGUGCACAACAGUACAAGUAUGUGAGAAAUUUUUGAAAAUUAGGUCAGAAGAGAAAGUUUUCAUGACUCACACCUGUUCUGGUAACCCUCAAAUACAGGUAUGUAGUUUGUGAUACACUGUUUUGCAUUCCUAUUCACAUUUCUUUUUGUGUAGUACAAUACUGUAUAAUACUGAUCACAGGCUUGUAUCUUGUUCCAUUUUUAAUUCCAUAUGGAUUCUGAUGUAUAGUCAUCACUCAGCACUUAAUCAUUUAAAAGGUAUUAAAGUAGAAGGUAUUAAACUCUUAUUGCAAAUUACCAUGGCUGCAUUUGAAGGUCAAUGUUGAGUCGAUAUACAUAUUAACUAACUAGUAUAAUACUUUUGUAGAAUAUUUAACAGUACCAGUACCAGUACCAGUAACAGUAGCAGUAGCGAUAACAAUAGCUAAAUAUUAGUGAUAGCAAGAUAAAAAAUGUCUGCAAAUACAGCCGCACUCAAGAUUUGGAAGAGGAGUAAUUCGGUGACUACAUUUUUGUGGAGAUCACCUAGAGCUUUCCAAAUCCAGAGAGCGAUUUGUACCUCUACACAAAACAGAUUUCUUCUCGGCGAUGCUAAUCGAGUUGAGAACAAAGUAGCGAGCCAAAAAACAGACUGGAAUAAGACCAUGUCUGAAGCAGAAAAGAUUGUCGGAUAUCCGACAUCCUUCUUAAGCUUGAGAUGGCUAUUGAGCGAUGAAAUUGCAAACGUCGCGUUACACUUAAGAAAGUUAGUGGGAUCAAAUCAUCCUAUACUAAAAACGGCCAAGAGCAUUAUUUACAACGGACGUAAUACACAAGCAUUUGGACUUAUUGUGCUGUUAAUUUCUAAAGCUGCUGGUCAUCUGAAUGCACAACCAGUGGAAGAGGAUACAGCUGCUGGUGUAUUGCAUAGUCAAAGAGCUUUAGCUGAAAUUACAGAAAUGAUACGCACUAGUAAUUUGAUACAUAGAGGAUUGGUAAAUAUAAAUACAGAUAAAUCUUUGGACUCUAGCCAAAUGAACAAUAUGAUUUUUGGCAAUAAAAUAGCAUUGUUAUGCGGUGAUUAUUUACUUAGCAACAGCUGUACUGAAUUAGCAGCUCUCAGAAAUCAAGAUCUUGUAUUCUUAAUAGCAUCUGCAGUAAGAGAUUUAACUCAAGCAGAAUUUGUAUCACGCAGAGACAAUCAGAAUUUUCCCAUACCACCAGUACUACCUGAAAAUCGGAAGGAUUAUGCGUUGAAGGAAUGGACGCUUCUAAAUGUUUACGGUGCUGGAUCAUUGCUUGGAAAAGCUUGUCAAGGUACAUUAAAGCUAGCCGGACACAGUGAAGAAAUACAGAAGGAAGGUUAUAAGUUUGGCGAGCAUUUGGCUUUAGCUUGGCAGGCUUCUCUGGAUUUAGGUUUAUGCAUUAAUAAGGACAAGGGGAUUCUGCAUAAUUUGUGCGCCGCGCCCAUUAUGUUCCACGUUGCACAUGAUCCAUCAAUUUUAACGGAGCUUGACAAAGGACUAGAAUCAGUUGAAAACGUUGAUUAUUUGAAGGUGCUCGAGUUCGUUGCAGCUGGUCCAGGCAUAGGAUUAACCAAAGAGCUCGUGAAGGAACAUUCACAAAAAGCAAUGGAAGUUUUAAGUGUGUUUAAAGAAAAUGAUGCUAGAAAGGCGUUAUCUAAUAUUCUUAUCGCAAUAGGUGAUUUUUAAUGUCUUGUUUUCUGUUACUUAUUUUGUUAAUUGUUACGCAGUUUUAGAAAGAUAUAACAUUUUAAGUUCGUAUGUAAUGUUUAUACAAACUUAAAAUGUGAUAUGUGAUAUGUCGUAUAUCACACUAAUAUAAAUAAUAAUCGUGCUUAGUGUAGUA